AUGUUCGGCACGUUAGCUACGUCAAGAAGGGUGAAACCGGUCUUGGGUUGUCGAGAAAUCUUCAGCAACCUUAUGUGUAGUGCAUUACGUCCAUACACCUAUGAGGGUAUCAUGAAUAUCGUACCAUACGGCGGCCUGGUUCGAGGAGCUGAACUGGUCGUUGGCUGUCGAAGGGCUUUCAGUGACCUUGUGAGUAGUAUCGUUCAUGAAAACAACACUACAACAACAUUACAAAUAUACAUGUAUCGCGAUAUUUCAAAUAUCGUAGCUACUGAAACAUGA